UGCGUAUGGAAAAUGUAAGGGAUCUUUUAUUUCAGAUCAUGAAACAUGGGACCAACACUUUACAUGUUGUGUUUCAUAUACAGUAGGAGACAGGAAUUGGGGUUCACUGCAUGAUCUCUCUUUGAAUUGUCUCCAUAUCGAGACGUUAUACCACUUUGUGCAGCCACAGUCUGUAUGUUGUAUAGUCAACAAUCACUGUAAUUUUAAAACUUCUGCUACUGUUAGGGAAGAAGUGGUCUCUGUGGGUUUCCUCUGAACUAAAUUGGCAUUUGUAGACACUGUUAUCGGAUUGACCGACAAGAUAAUGAUCUUGGUUCAGUUGUCUGUUGUGAGAUCUGAGCGUCUUAAGCGGACCCUAUUCCCCUCCCUUUCCUUUUUGGACUGACAUUCUUGCUGCUUGCCCUGUACAAUUUUACAAGCAUAUCACUGUGGUUUACCAAAGGCAGGAUGGAGCAGUGCAUGGUGAAGCCAGAUGUGAAAAGAAAUCAACAGAAACAGCCUUUACCUCCACCGAAGCCUGCAAAAGAGGCCAACAGGAACUUGAUCCAGACAGAGACUAGAGGGAAUCAAGCCAGAACUCUAGUGGUUCCAUCCAGAGUUAGACCCACUGCAAAGGAACCAAAUGUUAUGGCCAGAAACAGCAGUCGCAAGAGGACACAGGCAGAGCACAUAAAGGGCUCAACAGAAAUGGACAUUUCACCAGUUAAGGCCUCUGAUCCCCGAGAAAAUGAGACCGACUUCAAGCAGGACAAAUUUGGGGGUCUUGGUGGAAUGUUUCAGAAAUUACAAAAAGAGCCAACCCCUACCUUUACAAGCUACAUGUCAGAUAACGAGAAGCCGGAAGAGCCCACCCCAGAAAAGGAGCAGUCCUCUGAGAACACCAAGAAGAGGCUGAGUCAGGCAAAACAAGACAAAGGAGGACUGAUGGGAGGAAUGUUCCGGAAAGAAACUAAAGACAAACUCUCUUCUCCUUUACUGACGGAAAAUCUCUCAGUUCACAGUGAGCUUUUAGCCAGCAACAACAGUCUCUCUGACACCAACAACAUCAAAGAGAAGGGAGGCAUCUUCAGUGGAAUGUUCAAGAAGUCUUCCAAACCUGUGGAAGAACCACCUCAAGCAGAAGAGGACCAGCAGUCACUACACAGUGAGCUCUCAGCCAGCAAUGACAGUCUCUCUGACAACAACAACCCUAAGGCAAAAGGAGGACUUUUCAGUGGAAUCCUCAAAAAAUCCCCCAAAGCUCCUCGAGAGGGCACACUUGCAGAGGCAUUACACGGUGAAUAUUCAGACAGCAAUGACAGUCUUUCUAAAAACAACAGUAAAGAGAAAGGAGGCAUAUUCAGUGGAAUGUUCAUCAAAUCUCCCAAGCCUGCUGCUGAUGCUUCUCAACCUGAGGACAAGCGGUCAUUACAGGGUGAGCUCUCAGCCAGCAAUGACAGUCUGGCUGACAACAGCAACCCUAAGGAGACAGAAGGGAUGUUUAGUGGAAUCCUCAGGAGAAAAACGAAAGCUUCUGCAGAUGGAACACCUGCACAAGAAAACCUCUCUACACGUUACGAGCUCUCAGCCAGCAAUGACAGUCUGUCUGAAAACAACAAAAGUAGGGAAAAAAAGGGUCUAUUCAGUGGAAUCCUCAAAAAGACCCCCAAAGCAUCUGGGGAUGAAACACCUGCACAGGACAAUCUUGCAACAUGCAGUGAGCUCUCAGUCAGCAACAAUAGCCUUUCUGAUACCAACAACACCAAGGAGAAAGGAAGUUUAUUAAGUGGAAUGUUCAAGAAAUCCCUUAUUCCUGCCGAUGAAGGCUCUCAACAAGAAGACGAGAGAAGUAAAUUCAGUGGAAUGUUCCAAAAAUCACCUAAACCUGCCGAUGAAGGCUGUCAACCAGAAGAGGACAAGCGGUCAUUACACAGUGAGCGCUCAGCCAGUAAUGACAGUCUCUCUGACAACAACAACACUAAGGGUAAAGGUAUAUUCAGUGGAAUGUUCAAAAAGGCCACUAAAACAGCUGGAGCCUCACAACCAGAAGAGGAUUCAGAUUUGGGAACAGACUGUAAUGACAACCUCUCAGAAAGCAAGGAAAAAACAGGGAUUUUGGGACUCACUGGGAUUUUCAAAAGGUCUCCAAGACCAUCCCCACGCUCCACUGUUGAUAAGGACCCUCUUACUGAGUACAAGGAACUUUCUGCCAGCAAUGACAGCCUCUCAGACAUCCCCACAAUUAAGGAAAAUCUCUCUGCACAAAAAGAACUCUCAGCCAGCAAUGAUAGUCUUUCCGACACUACAACCACCAGCAAAGAGAAAAAAGGAGGGUUUGCAGGAAUCUUCAGGAGAACUCCAAAACCUAUCGAGCAGCAGGACAGUAUGGACACAGAGCCACCUGUAGGAGGUAGUCAGCUGAGGCGCCGGAGGACAAUCAAGAAGAAGAGACGGGUUGUGUCAUUCCAAGUGAAAAGAACUCUCCCGAGGAUUUCAAAACGUACUGCUGCUCGGGACUCUGAUAAGGAGCCUAUCAUUGAGGAGGCUGUGGAGCUGCAAGGGCUGGCCCCACUGCAGGAGAGCACAGUGGAGAUCCAGCCUGUGGAGAUGGCAGCAUACCCCACUGACGGAGUCAACCUUCUGGAGUCUGAAGAGGAGAGUGACGGCCUGUUGGACUGGUGGAGAUCAGUCGAAGGUUGGGAGCAAUGGAAUGAAACAUCCCAUUUCCAAGAGGAUGAAGCAGAUAUGGUGGUGGAGCAGGUGGCUGACCGUGUGUUCAUGGCGGCUCGGCUGUUUGUGCGUCUCUUCAACCAGCGGGGAGCGUCACUGCAGGGCCGUAUCCUGGAGCUGCUGGCCCAGGCCGACGCAGCCGACCAGUUCCACAAGAGGACGGUGACGGCCGCUGUGGGGGGAGGAGUUGCCAGCGUGUGUGGCAGUGUGGCCACCAUCACCGGCCUCAUCCUUGCCCCCUUCACCUUCGGAGCCUCCAUCAUCGUCACCGCUGUAGGCAUCUCCGUGGCGACCGCUGGAAGCAUCGCCUCGGCAACGGCCAACAUCACUGAUACAGUGCACUCCAACAUGGACUGCAAGAAAGUGGAGAAGAUGAUUCAGGGCUACCAGGAGGAGAUCAAGGAUAUCAGGGAGUGUAUGGAGUUUGUACAGGAAGGUAUGGAAGCUCUGCAGGAGGGGAACUUUGAAAAGUACACUGAGAGUGCAACCAAGAAGGCUCUGAACCACAACAUUAAGCAUGUGAUGAAGGAGGGGGGGCGGGCCGGAAAGAAACUGAUGAUCAACACAGACAAGCUCAUCAGCACCGUGCAGGUUCUAGGCGUGGCAGGGGGGGCCGCCAAAGCUGUUAAGGCCAUCAGCGUUACCACGGGCGUCAUGUCCGCUCUCUUCCUCGCACUUGACGUCUUCUUCCUCGCCAAGGAUUCCCAUGAGCUGCGCAAGGGCGCCAAGACAAAGUUCGCCUCCGAGAUCCGACAGAUGUGCAAGGACCUGCAGGAUGGGCUACUGGAGCUGAACAAGGUGAAAACCCAGCUGCAGAAAACCAUGGAUGGGAUCGAGCUGGAAGAGUACGAGGAGGAGGAGGAAGUGGAGGUGGAAGUGGAUGAUGACCUGGAGUCAGACCCAGUUAAACUAGCUCAGCUGGAGCAAGAGCUGGACCAGUUAGAGGAGAAGUUGGACAAGAAGGUCGAGGAGGAACAGAAAUGGAAUAAAAGCAAGGAGGAGGCAGAUAAGAGUGAGGAAAGGGAAAUUAAGGAGGAGAAGAAUAGUAAAAAGAAGGAUAGUAAGAAAGAGGAGGGAAAGAAGGCGAGACCUAAAAGUAAAACAAUAGAGUUGGGGAAGUUGUGCGAGACUGGGAAAGUGGAGAUGGAGAAAGAGUGGACGAGUGAGAGGGGAGACACUAGUGGUAGAGGGAAAGGUGAUACUAGCAGCGUUCAGAAUAAAAAAGGGUCUGAGAACGGGAAAAAGAAAGAUAAAGGAAUGGAGAGUAGAAACACCAAUGAAAAAGGAAAUGUUGAGAGCAAAAAAGAGAAAGGAAAUGAUAGAAGCAGUACGAAUGAGGAGGGUGAAGUAAAGGCAAGAGAGACUGAAAAACAAAAAGGUAGAGGGAAUAAAAAUAAGCCAGCUGAUACAAAGAAAGGGAUUUCAAAUGAAAAUGUAGAGUCUGAAAAGGGGAAGAGUGAAAGAUUGAAGGAACAAAAAGUAGCUGGAUUGGAGACUAAGAUGAGGGUGAGGGAAACGUCAGAAAGAGGAAACGCAAGCAGACAUAGCAGCAAGACUGACAAAGAGCAAAUCCAGAAGAGGAGUCAGAGGGAGCGAGGCAGUAGAGAUGAAAUACCAGAGAUUGCUCCAGGGAGAAGACGCAGUAAAGAUCUGAAGUGUGGGAGCAUAACUGAAACAGGUGACAUGGAGAGAACGAGUAAGACUGAAAGGGAUGGGGUAGAGAGGGGGGUUAGGAACUUGAGAGCAGAGAUGGAUAGAGGAAGUAAAGAUAUGUACAGUGUUGACUUAAAGGGAGACUCAGAGAGGGGGAAGACAAAAGAGGAAUCUGAGGUGAAAAGAACGAGUGGGGUUGAGAGAGGGACAGCUAAAGGGAACUCUAAGGAGGAAGGAGUGAUGGAGAGAAUGUCCAGGAGGGAAAACAAAGACAGGGAGUUGAGGUGUAAGAGGGAAAGAGCUGAGGAAAAGCGUGGGAGUAAGAUUGAGAAAAUGCAAAGAAAAUUUGAAAGUGGUAGGGAGGGGGGCAUCAGAAAUGAAGAUGAGGAGGUUCAUCAGAGUGAAAGGGACAGGAAGGAGGGUGAUGUUGAAAGGAACAGGAGAGAUGGUGAUGCUGAGCAGAAGCCUGUCCGCCAAGGCUCUCGUCCACGCUCCAAAGCCAUCUGCCAAUUUUACAUCUGAUGCAUUAUUAACUGAGUACUUAAAGAAGUAUUCUAAAAGGGAUUAACCUAGUGUUUGGUUUUAUAUUAUUUACUUGGAGACAUAUUGAGACAAAGACAGUCAUUGUGUUUUUAAUAUUUGAUAGAGCAAUGGAACUCAAAUGUGCCUUUUUAUACACAUUUUUCAUGACAAUGGGAUUUUUUUACGUUUUUUUUUUUAAACAAGGUCACUGUAAAGAUUGUUGAAUGAAAAUGAAUUUCUCGUGGACAGGUAUACAUAAACAAUUGUCUGGAAGGAAUGGGAUGUAUGGAAUAACAAGCAGCAGAAGUUCCGGUGUUUGAGUUUUUUGUCACUGGUUAUUUGGACAAGUCACGAUUUCGCAGGUGUUAGCAUGUUUAGAAUUUCGAAAGUGGAGUGGACAUUCGGCCAUAACUUUCAAAGAGGGUGGAGCUCCUUGUUCCGCUCCUCAUUCUUCCAUCUCUUCACUUAACAUGUAUGGACCAAGAAUUUAAUCGAGCACCUGACCAAAUGCUGGGGACUUUAGUUCUCGGUUAACCAACAUUAUAUGAACAAAUCGCUGCCCAAAAGCUGGUAGCAAUUCAUACAGAUGUCAAUUAACUCCAUAGGAAGAGUCACACUGACUCAAAGCACUUUAUAGAGCAAUGGCUGCUGCUCAUUGGACCGAUUCUGACACGAAUUAAGCGCACAUAAAUGGAACGUAAUUACUUUUUUUAUGCACUUUUCUCUCUAUGCGUAUUCUGCCCUUAAUUUAAGCAAGAGAAAAGCAUGCUAUUCACCCGCUAUUUGUUCGGGGUGGAGAUCUAAUAAAACGGAGGUGUGGCAGAGGUGUGUAUAGAUCCUC